AUGUCUGACUGGGAACCCACCCUCAAGAUCGGCCGGUCCUUCAACGGAGCCAGUGCUCAACCCCGCGAGAAGACCCUCAAGGGCAACAGUGCCCUCAACGCUGCCAACCGUAUUGGAGGCGUGACCACCGAAAAGAAGUACACCACCGGUAACCUCGGCGCAAAGGCCGGAGCCCCCGAGGGCCAGCGCAUGACCAAGGUCGACCAGGCCGAUGACAUCGUGAAGCCCCCUGUCAUGGACAAGCAAAUUGGCCAGAACAUCAUCGCAGCCCGCACGAACAGGAAGCUCAAUCAGAAGCAGCUCGCUACUCAGGCCAACGUUCCCUUGACCACUCUGCAGCAGAUCGAGCGUGGUGUGGCUCUAUCUCAGGUCGCCAACCCGGUCAUUACCAAAUUGCAGAAGGUGCUCCCUGGCGCCAACCUGCGUCAGAAGAAGCCCGUUCCGAAAUAA